UUAGGCAGUACAAAUCCUCAGUGGGGACCAUUUUCCGCACCUGAGAAGAGCUGAGAAGACUAUCCUGGCUGUAUGGCUGAAGGAACUUUGAAGAUGAAGCUAUCCCUCAAUAUCUUCUUCUUUGGAUGGUGGUUGGCCAGGCAAUGUUGGACCUCUACAGGUCAAAUUCUUUCCACACCUUUGAUAUCUACCAACUUCAACAGGAUGGUUGCUUUGGGAGAAAAGGUCACUAUCACCUGCAGAAGCCAGGAUGAUGUUCAUGGAACAUUCUAUCUCACCCGAUAUAAAAGCUUAAGUGAUCAUGGGGAAACUGUAGAAACUAAGAAGGCUGAAUUAUUCAAUCAGACUGAAUUUUUCUUCCCACAUCUUAGCAAUUCACAGGGAGGCAUCUACAGCUGCAGAUUUUGCCUGGAUGAAUGGGAAUGCUCAACUUUAAGUAAUAUAAUCUAUCUCAACCUAACAGAUCACAGCCUGGCCAAGCCUUUCAUCCAGAUUUUAAAUACAUAUCAUCCAUACUUCGAUGUACAGUGUGAGGGGAGAGAACCUCGUCUAACAUUUGCUCUUAUGAGCUCAAGCCAGCAGAUAGGUUACAAGUCUGCAGAGCCAGGGGAAAAGAAAGUGGUUUUUCCACUCAGCUCCUUGAGGUUGAAAAAGGCAGAACGUUAUACCUGCCAGUACCACCGGGAAAGCAGCCCCUUUGUCUGGUCAGUGCCAAGUGACCCGCUGGAGUUGCCUUUGAGAGAUCCUGAGAGUAUGAAUCCCACCAUGAAGACGAUACCUGGAGGGGACAAUGCUUCAGGUCUUCUUCAACCAUACUUAUGGGCAGGCAUUGGGGUGAGCGUUUUCCUGCUUGUCGUGUUGCUGCUGGCUGUGGUACUGUACAGAAAAAGGAGAAGAAGUUCCCAAACCAAUGAACGUAAUCCAGCAAUAAAUCUGUCUUCUGAUGUUGAAGAACAUCCGGAUGAAGUCUCCUAUGCUAUUCUGAAUCACCAGCCACAGAAAACCCAACAGGCAACCGAUCCUAGGCAAACCUCUGAAACUUGUUUAUAUGCAUCAGUGGUCAAAAAUACAGGUUUUCAGCCAUAUAUAUCAUAAAACUUUGGGAGGACUCCUGAGAUGAGUACAUGCAAGAACGGCUUAUUUUUAUUUUCCUGCCAAUGUGUAAUUAUAGAUGCCAAUUAUAAGGACCGCAUCAUAGUGGGGGCUCCAGAAAUGAGGUCAUCAGAAUGGUUUUGACUUUGUUUCUUAGCAUUGAGGCACAGGCUCUUACAAUCAUCACUCUCCCCAUCCAUUGUUAACCAAAGCUGAAGGAAAGUGUUGACACUGAAAUCUACUCCUAGUCUGUAACAAUGGCUCCUUCCUAUAUGCUUUUAUUUGGCAUUGCCCGAGUAUUUAUUUAUCUCAAUCCUGUAUUAGACAGGAAAAUCCUGUAGUUGAGACUCACACUGUUGUACUGUCCAUCGUGCAGCAUUGCUAGGCUUCUAUUCCUCUCCUCAGAAGUUCUUGUCUAUGCUGGUGUUUCAAUUUUUUUAUUGCAUUUGACCAAUCACCUGACAUUUCCUUGGAGGGCUGAGAGGGAAUCCCCUUGUGGAGU